AUGAUCCCUCAAAGUCAGGCUGACGAUUUACAUGCUGUGAUCGAUGCACAAACAUCGAAACCGCCAUGGAAACUAAGUGCUGCGCAGAAGCGAGCAGAGCAAUACGCCGCUAUUCCCAUUGAAUGGCGUAUCGACCAAGCUGCUCCUCCACCCAAAGACACGGACGCUUUCCUUCGUUUCUCUGGGCUUUUGACAGCGGAAGACCUUGCUUGUACGGAGAUUGAGGAUGUUCGAGUCUUGCUCGAGCAGAUCGCAACUCGAAAACUGAGCGCUGUUCAAGUCCUCAAGGCAUUCGCGAAGCGAGCAGCCAUAGCUCAGCAGCUGGUGGGAUGUUGCACGGAGAUCAUGUUUGCAGAGGCACUCGAGCGAGCCAGGGCCCUAGAUGACCAUCUGGAGCGGACAGGCUCGGUAGUUGGGCCUUUGCAUGGACUCCCGGUAUCCCUCAAGGACAUAUUUGAUGUCAAAGGAGUCGACUCUACCAUCGGCUGGGUCGGACUCAUUGGGAAGCCAGCGAAAUCAAACGGCGUCUUAACAGACGUUCUCAUCGCUCAAGGCGCUGUGCCUUUUGUCAAGACGAAUAUUGCGCAGGCUCUCAUGCUUUCGGACUCAUACAACCAUGUUUUCAAGCAAUCUUUGAACUCUCUCAACCGCGAGCUGAUCUCUGGUGGCAGCUCGGGUGGUGAAGCGGCACUCAUAGGUUGUCAUGGUAGCCUGGUCGGGGUCGGGACAGACACCGGCGGCUCCAUACGUAUUCCGGCAGUUCUGCAAGGAUUGUACGGAUUGAAACCGACUGUUGGGCGAAUACCGUUCGAUGAGUCGAGCAAAUGGGAGUUUCUUGCACCUCCGGUGGCAGGUCCUCUGGCUUCCAGCCUCUCGACGAUAGAAACCUUUAUGGAUGGCAUCUUAUCUUGUGAGCCCUGGCGACAGGAUCCGACUUUGCUGCCCAUUCCGUGGCGCAAGGAGCUCGCGGCCAAGCCUGACAGGCCCCUCAAGAUCGGGUAUUACAUCAAUGACAAUAUCGUCCGUGUACAGCCGCCUAUUGAAAUGGCGAUACUGGCUGUUGUUGAUAGCCUCAAGGCUGCAGGACAUAGUUUGAUCGAAUGGGAUCCCACCUCUCAUGCUGAAGCUUGCAAGGGUUGGGUAACCGCCACAUUCGCUGAUGGCGGUGAAAUCCACAGGAAGCUGAGUGAGGCCAGCGGAGAGCCGCUAGUGAAAGGGCUUCUCGUUGGAACCGAGAAGGACAUACUCUCGGUUGCAGAGUCUCGCGAUCUGGCUGCCAAGAAGCUCAGAUAUGAGAAAGACUACCUCAAGCGCUGGAAUGACGCGGGUAUUGACGCCCUCAUUACGCCGGUGGCACCCUGGGUUGGGAAGAGACCCAGAGUGUGGGCCGGGUCAAAGCCUCACGUCGGAUAUACAUCGCACUGGAACUGGCUUGAUUAUGCAGCCUUAACGAUCCCCGUUAUGCGAGCUGAAAGCAGUAGUGCAUCGAGCCGGCAAUGGUCAGAUCAUGUCCCAUGGAAUGAGAGCGACGAGAUGAACUAUCAGCUGUAUGAUUUUGAUCUGAUUCGCGGCAUGCCGGUUGGUGUGCAGAUUAUUGGAGGAAAGUAUGGCGAGGAAAAGUGUGUCUCCGUCGCCAAAGUUGUGAAGGAUGUUCUGGAGGUGAAAAAAAGUUUCGAGAAGCGCACAUAA